AAACAAUCCAGCAUGCAGACCAUGCAGCAGGCCUUUGACUUUGACUAGAGAUUGAUCCGAUUUUUCUCAAUCGAGGAGAGCAUGGCGGAUUUCAUUCCUUUAGUCGCCGCCGGUUCCGCCACCUGGGGGGCGGGGUCCAGCACGGGCAAGAAAAAGAAACGGCACCGAUUGUCGAAUGCCACGGCCUCUCCGCCCAGUGGGACCCCGGUGGGACGCCAGGCCGCCCCCACGCCCCAAGAGGGUGGGCGACCCUUCCGACGGGGUCCGAGUGGGGGCGGAACCGGCGGCAGUGGGGGUGGGAGCGAAGCCCAGAAACUCAAAAGUCGCAUCCGAGACUUCUUAGAGGCCCAUAAAAAUCAGCCUUACAUCGACAUCGAUGGCAUGGCCACGUCGCUUCACACGCGAUAUCCGGAAUACGCUCGCCGAAAGGUACGCGAUUUUCACCGCCAAGUCGAAAACACUUUCGAACGACUUCAGAGCGAGGCCGUAGCCACCUUGUCGCAACCGACCCCGGCUCCGCUCCGCCCCGAGGACUCCGCCCCGCCCACUGCCCCGCCCGACUCCAUGGACGUGGGUGUCUCCAUGUCGGCCACGCUCAAUGGACUGUAUAAAGGCGUGGUCAGCGCUCCCCCCAGCCCGGCCCCCCCGCGACCCGUCCACGACGACAUCACCAUCUUGGACGACGAAAUCACCGUGCUCGAUGACGAUCAGCUCGUCAUGGCCGCCAGCCAUAGCACGGCUCGCCGGAAAGCCGGAUCGUCACCCCUCAAACGCGCGUCCGCCCCCACGCCAGCCCGUUUGAAAACUGAAUCCAAUAUCGAGGAAGAGGCCGUUGAAGGCGCCGGGUCCAAGAGUACCCGUAAAGUCAGACGCAAGGAGGAGCCAUUGAAGAUCGGCAUCUCGCCUCGCACGCUAGCCGAUGUAGGCGGAGUGGACGCGAUCAUUCAGGACAUCUUACAAAUGACCCGCCAUUUGAAGUGUCCCCAGUUCUUUCGACAACUCUCGGUCCUGCCUCCACGCGGUUGUAUUUUACACGGUCCGCCGGGUUGCGGCAAAAGUUUAGUGGCUGAGGCUAUUUCCGGCGAGCUCCAGAUUCCCAUGAUCCGGGUGAGUGGCACGGAACUGGUGAGUGGCGUGAGCGGCGAAUCUGAGGCUAAGAUUCGGGACGUAUUUGAGCAGGCCGGUCGCCAUGCGCCUUGCUUGCUCUUCAUCGAUGGGAUCGACGUGAUUGCCAAAAAACGCGAGAAUGCUCAACGAGAUAUGGAGAUGCGGAUUGUGUCUCAAUUGUUGAGCUCCAUGGACGAGUUGAACCGACAGGAUCAAGUGGCCGCCGCCGCCGCCGCUGCCACCACCACUGCCACCACUACUGCCAAUGGAAGUGAACCGAAUCAGCCACCUGGUGAUCGAGGCCAUGUGUUCGUCAUUGGAGCCACCAGUCGAUUGGAUACAUUAGACCCGGCUUUGAGGAUCGGCGAGCGACUCGAAAGGGAGAUUGCGUUGGGCAUUCCGGAUGAAAAGGCUCGACUACAUAUCUUGACUGUCAUGUGCCAAUCGUUCCAACUGGGCGACGAUUUUGAUCUGCCCUUGUUAGCGCGAUUGACCCCGGGUUAUGUGGGCUCCGAUCUGAAGGGACUGAUCAAAGCCGCCGCUAGUUUUGCCGAGGAUCGCCAUUUCAAGGCCUUGGCUGAGACCUACACAUCCUUGUACAAUUUGACAAACGAACCCCAGAUGGAUCGUGAGCAACUGUUCCAAUGGUGCAACGAGAGCGAGGCUGCCAAAGCCCGCCUACCCGAGCUCAAGAUCACGUUCUCGGAUUUCCAAGCAGCCUUGAAAGUCGUUCAACCCUCGGCGCUUCGUGAAGGCUUCGCUACCGUGCCCAAUGUCAGUUUCGAAGACAUUGGCGCCCUGGAUGAGAUACGAGAGGAGCUCGAGAUGGCCGUCUGUGCGCCAGUCAAUGACCCUGAGAUGAUUGCCCGACUAGGCAUGGAUGGCCCAUCCGGGGUCUUGCUUUGUGGUCCACCGGGUUGCGGGAAAACUCUACUUGCUAAAGCCGUGGCCAACCAAGCCGGCAUUAAUUUCAUCUCCGUCAAAGGCCCCGAAAUCAUCAAUAUGUAUGUAGGCGAGAGCGAGCGGGCCAUUCGUCAAGUGUUUCAACGGGCGCGCAAUUCCGCGCCCUGUGUCAUCUUCUUCGACGAGAUCGACUCGAUCUGUCCCCGGCGAAGCGGAUCUGAUGGCGGGAGCGGCUCAAACCGUGUGGUUAAUCAGCUGCUCACGGAAAUGGACGGCGUGGAAGGACGUCAAGGCGUGUACGUCAUGGGCGCUACGAAUCGCGUGGACAUGCUCGACCCGGCCAUUCUACGACCGGGUCGUCUCACCAAUCAUUUCUUCGUGGACCUGCCGGUAACGGCGCAUUUCAGAUUCAAGGAGUAUUGCCAAGCCCGGAAAAGCGGACUACUCGAUGGCAUAAAACCCGAAGAAAUCACCGUGGCCUCCAGACACNUGGCCGACCGCACGCCCGGUUUUAGUGGCGCCGAUCUAGGCAAACUUGUUCUGCGAGCGGCGCAUUUCAGAUUCAAGGAGUAUUGCCAAGCCCGGAAAAGCGGACUACUCGAUGGCAUAAAACCCGAAGAAAUCACCGUGGCCUCCAGACACUUUCACAUGGCCCUGUCCGUUGUGAAACCUUCCGUGUCAGGUUUGGAGAAGAAAAAGUACGAUCAAAUGAAACGCAAAUACGGCUCUGUGGGUGAGGAUUUUCCGGAGCCAAGUCCUGUCCAACCUUUGGCCGACCCUCAGCUUUUGGGUGAUAGCGUCAUGGACACCACUGCCACUCCUGUUACGACCAAGGGGAUGUUCAAUCGCGAAUCUACCCAUGUGAUACCGACUAUCGUCGAGCCAUCUCGAUUGAACGGAACGACGGGGAAUGAAGAUUCCAUACGAACCCAUCAACCCAUUCCACUCUGAAUGAAUGGCUUUGAAUUCGAAGCGAGACUAAGAGUUGCGUCUUCUUGUUCACGGGACCAAUUGAAUCGCAGGGAAAUUGGAACCAGGCAUAGACUGUAUAUGUGAAUUUUAUGAAAAUGUAUUGUAGUACUGUUGUGAUCGAUCUGCCUGCGCCUUGGUCAAAACUUGGCAGUUUUGAGGCGCAGGUAGAUUAAUCACAUCAGUAGUAUGAAUAAGUGCUUGUCUCGUCAUAGAGUACUAAUUAUCGAUAUAAAGAUAGUGAAGUGCU